CGGACGCACCACACACACACACACACACACACCACACACACACGCGUCGAGUUAUCCCACACAAGCCACCCGCCAUGGCGAUGCUGAUCAGGAACAAGCUCUCCAACGUGGCCACCUCCGUGUCCAACAAAUCGCAAGCGAAAGUGAGCGGCGUGUUCGCCAGGAUGGGGUUCCAGGCGGCCACGGGCGAGGAGGCGGUCGGCUUUGCCCAGUGCGACGACUUGGAGUACGAGCACAGGCAGGGCUUGCAGAUGGAUGUCCUCAAGUCCGACUCGGUGGACGGCGAGGGAGGGGGAGAGGGCGAGGGAGACGGGGUGGAGGGGGACGUGCACUACCAGAGAGAUGGCACCGGUCCCCCGACUUCAGCCUCGAAGGACGCGGCGAUGUGCUCGGAAUUGGCAGCUCAGGACAGACCCAAGAUCACAGCCUGGGAAGCCGGGUGGAAUGUGACUAACGCCAUUCAGGGGAUGUUUGUGCUGGGUUUACCCUACGCUAUCCUACACGGAGGUUACCUGGGACUGUUCCUCAUCAUCUUCGCCGCCGUGGUGUGCUGCUACACGGGGAAGAUCCUGAUCGCCUGCCUGUACGAGGAGAACGAGGACGGCCAGUUGGUGAGGGUGCGGGACACCUACGUGGACAUUGCCAACGCCUGCUGCUCCCCUCGCUUCCCCAGGUUGGGGGGGGUCGUGGUGAACGUGGCGCAGCUCAUCGAGCUGGUCAUGACCUGCGUUCUGUACGUCGUGGUGAGCGGUAACCUCAUGUACAACAGCUUCGAAACUCUGCCCAUCUCACAGAAGUCUUGGUCCAUCCUCUCAGCCGCUCUCCUGCUCCCCUGCGCGUUCCUCAGAAACCUGAAGGCCGUCUCCAAGUUCAGUUUGCUCUGCACCUUGGCUCACUUCGUCAUCAACGUCCUAGUGAUCGCUUACUGCCUCUCCAGGGCCAGAUACUGGGCCUGGGACAAGGUCAAGUUCUACAUCGACGUCAAGAAGUUCCCAAUCUCCAUCGGCAUCAUCGUCUUCAGCUACACCUCGCAGAUCUUCCUACCUUCCCUGGAGGGCAACAUGAAGCAGCCCAAAGAGUUCCACAGCAUGAUGAAUUGGACCCACAUAGCGGCUUGCAUCCUCAAGGGACUUUUCGCUCUGGUGGCUUACCUGACCUGGGCAGAUCAGACGGAAGAGGUCAUCACCGACAACCUGCCCACCACCAUCAGGGCGGUGGUCAACCUCUUCCUGGUGGCCAAAGCCCUGCUGUCCUACCCUCUCCCCUUCUUCGCGGCUGUGGAGGUCUUCGAGAAAUCCUUCUUCCAAGAAGGGAGUAUGGCCCUGUUUCCCAAUUGCUACGGGGUGGAUGGGAGGAUCAAGUCCUGGAGUCUGGCCUUGCGCUGUGUUUUGGUGGUGUCAACCUUGCUCAUGGCUAUCUACAUCCCCCAUUUCGCCCUAUUAAUGGGGCUGACUGGAAGCCUAACCGGAGCGGGUCUCUGCUUUCUUCUACCGAGUCUCUUUCACCUCAAACUGCAGUGGAGACAACUCCAAUGGCACCACGUCUUUUUCGAUGUCUCCAUCUUCGUGAUAGGCUCCAUCUGCAGCGUGUCCGGCUUCAUCCAUUCGAUGGAGGGGUUGUUCGAAGCUUUCAAUCCCGUGCGUUUGCCCCCCAUCCCUCAAAACAUCUCGAGCAACCGCGCCUUUUAACGCACGAAAUAGGUUCUUUCUCGCACAGAGCCCAAGAGGGAGAGGGAGAGAGAGAGAGAGGGGGAGAGAGAGAG